UCUUUCUCCGUCGUAAUAACCUAACGUUGAUUUAAUCAUCUACGUACACAUGUACGCACGACGUAUGUGCGAUUAAAGCAUCGAAUGUUUUCCUUUUGCAUUCAUAAAAUCACCCGUUCGUGGCUCAAUUACGUAAUACGAUAAAUUACGACACUAAAAAUAUCCUGACGAGAUACGAUGUAGAUGCGGAAAUCAAACUUCGAGACUUUUAUAGUUGGCUUGGAUUGAAUUAUAAAAUGGUGCCCCACGCCAAAUCAUUUUACUCGUUCUAAUUUGAAAAUAGCGCGCUUCUGGAUACGUAUUUGAUGGCGCUUCGAUCGAUCGGCGUAAAAAGUAAUUUCUUUUCGAGCGCCAGAUGGCUCUUGAUUUAGAAAUAAAAUGGAGUAUAAUUGUGUGUUUGACCCUUCGCCUCGUCAUAUUCCGUGUAUUUUACUUUUAAGUGGUUGAUGGCGUUUAUAACGGUGAAGGAAAAACGAUAGUGAUCGUUAUUGUAAAUUCAUUGCUACAUAACGUAAACGGGUAGGAAAAGGAUGAGGGAAAAAAUCAAAGUAUCCAUUUCUUUUCGGAUCUUGAAAGAAUUUUUCAAGCAAUGAUGACAUUCGUUUGCUAGUUAUGGCUUUUUCUUUUAUAUUAAAGUAUUAUAUCGGUAUUUUCUUACAAGUGGGACAAAGUUUGUCGCUUUAAUGGACUUUUCAAUUAUGGUUUAUGAUUACGUAGCUUUCCAUAGGGAAAAAGGUAUAUAUAAUAAGUGCUGCGAUGGAAAGUUUUGGUGCAUCAAGGAUAUUUGUGGAAUUAUAUGUGCUGUCCUGACAUGGUUGCUAAUAAUUUACGCGGAAUUUGUAGUUAUGGCUAUCAUCCUUAUUCCUUCUAUAAAUACCUUAUAUUCAGGCCUAAAUAUGGCUUUGUUUCAAUCCCUAGCAUUUUUGGCAUUUGCCUCUCAUUUAAGGACAAUGUUUACCGAUCCAGGUGCUGUACCAAAGGGUAACGCGACAAAAAAAAUGAUACAACAAAUGGGAUUCAGAGACGGUCAAGUUGUCUUUAAAUGUCCAAAAUGUUGUUCCAUAAAACCGGAUAGAGCUCAUCACUGUUCCGUUUGUCAAAGAUGCAUUAGGAAAAUGGAUCAUCAUUGCCCAUGGGUUAACAAUUGUGUUGGGGAAAAUAAUCAAAAAUACUUUGUAUUGUUUACUUUUUACAUAGCAGGCAUAUCGCUGCAGUCUCUUCUCUUGUGCAUACAACAGUUUAUAACCUGCGUAAAACACGAAUGGAGAGAAUGUUCGACGUUCAGUCCACCUGUGACCGUUGUCCUUUUGCUAUUUCUAACAUUCGAAGCACUUUUAUUUGCCAUUUUUACAGCUAUAAUGUUGGGAUCGCAAUUGCAGGCCAUUUGGAAUGAUCAAACCGGUAUAGAACAACUUAAAAAAGAGGAAGCACGAUGGGUUCGUAAUAGCAAAUGGAAAUCCAUACAGGCCGUUUUUGGCAGAUUUUCUAUUGCUUGGUUUUCUCCGUUUACUUCGCCUCCGAAUACAAAAAAGAAGUUAGAUGCCUUCUUAUAUACUGUAUAAGUUAUUUGGAUAUGGAUUGUGACAUAAAUAUUUAAUACAUGUAAAUAUAAGGUAAAUAUGACACAUUGUAUCGAAUGCGUGCUUGUGUAUCCGCGCAUACAUGAUAUCUCUCUUUCAAUAUAUACAUGUAUAUUGGAUAAUCUUCGAUGUAUGCAUGUGUGCCUACGUGUACAUGUGUGUGUGUAUAUAUAUAUACACGUAUAUAUAUAUGUAUAUAUAUAUAUGUAUAUGUAUGUAUACAUAACGUGUAAACGCAAAUGUAUUGUGUAUGCACAAGCAGAAAAUGUAAUGAUGCUGUUUUCCAAAAUAUCAUAUAUACAAGUAGCAAUGAAAAAUACAUAUUAACGAUAACAUUCCUUCAAGAAGCUAAUGGUAGUUACUUCACAACAGUUUCGGGAGAACCUUUCCAGAAUAGUUCGAUUGGAACACACUUGACCUAUGAUCUAUGGAUUAGUCGAUACGUUAUAAGACUAAUUUGCAAGUUUCGUAAAAAAUUGUUUACUCAUAUUUUUUUAUUUAUUACAAAACCCAAUGCGAGGAUUCACACAGAUGGAAAGUGUAAUAAUAAAUGGUGAUAAUGUAAUAGUA